AUGUCUCUACAUAAAACUGAAGUUUAUCAAGAUCAGCAAACUUUGAAUCUGCAAUUAUUUGCCAAGAGUCAGACCCAAAAUAUUCUUUGGAAAGCUCCCCAAGAGAAUUUACCACAGCUCAAUACUGUGUCUGCAGGACUUGCUUUUGGGGUUCAACAGGUGUACCCAGAAUAUCAAUUAAACUAUGAGAAUGCCGACAACAGUCAUACUUUUAAUGAAAUAGGGCUGCAGAUGAAACUACCUGUUUAUGGCUCUUCAUAUCAGCAAGCAUGUAAUUCUUUUGCUGAUAAUAUUCCAAUGAGUUUAAAUGGAUCUUAUAACAGCAUUGCGACCCCUCAAGUCUACUCGUUCCAAACUGAAAGUUUAAAAUUUCCAAGUAGCCAAGAUAUUAGAUGCAAUGCUAGUCUACCUAACAGAAAUCAUUCUUCAUCCUUGGCUACUAAGACUGUCCAUCAAGAUACAAAUAGAGGCAUGGAUCCUGCUGUUUUAACUCAGCCAAAGCCUCAGAAGACUUCAAAGAAAUCAUCUUCAAUAAAGAUGAAUGCAUCCAAUCAUAAAUUUUGCUCUUGUGGGUUGACUCCAAAACAAGCUUAUGUUGCUAGCAAAGUUCUGACUGAGACCAACCUUGGCUACUUGAAGUCUCUGAAUAACUACGACUACAAGAUCAGAGAAAGAGAACAUCCUGUGACUGGCAAGAAGACCUUAAUGUACAUCUGCCAGUUCAAAGGAGGCUGUCACAAAGAGUUCGAAAGAUGCUGGAACCUUCUCGACCACUGCAGGAUGCAUUUCGGAGUGAAGCCUUAUAGCUGCCCAAAGUGUGACAGAAGGUUCACUCAGAAAGGGAACCUAAACAAGCACUUGGGCACUCAUAAAUAAUUGUCUUAAACUUACUGUCUCUUCAAAAUUUCUUGGUUUAAU